AUGGCAUCGAACUCUACGGCACCUGCUAAUGUUCUAGUUGGUGGUGAUCGAACUGCACCCAAAGCCUCUCUUCGCCUUGAAUGGGCCUACGGUUAUCGGGCAGCAACUUGUCGAAGUAACAUUCAUCUAACUGAAAGUGGUGAACUGGUUUAUUUUUGUGCUGCUGUCGCUAUUGUUCAAAGUAUAAAUGAUAAAACGAACAGUCGCCAACGAUUUUUUCUUGGUCAUGAUGAUGACAUCGUUAGUUCAUGUUUGCAUCCAAACAAAACGACCGUCGCAACUGGACAAAUCGGCAAAGAAGCACGAAUUUGUAUUUGGAACAGCCAAGGUGUUAUGAAACUAGAAAGCCUUUUACAAGGUCAUACAGAUGCGGUUGGAGCAAUGAGUUUCAAUGCAACUGGCGAUAAAUUAGCAAGUGUUGGAAUAGAUAGUGAAAAUACUGUUAAAGUUUGGCAAUGGGAACGUGGAAAGCUUUUAGCUACAGUUUCUGGUCAUUCCGAACGUAUUUUUGAUAUUUGCUAUUUUGGUGAUCGAGUAAUCACUUGUGGGGUGAAAAAUAUUCGUUUUUGGACAUUACUGGGCAAUACAUUACAGUACAAAGACGGCCAAUUUGGCAAAUCAGGCGCACAAAUACUUUUUUGUAUAGGAAAUUUCGGUUGGAAAGCUCCAGAGGGAAAUGACCAGUCUGAUGAAGACAAUAAUUUAUGUUUCACUGGAGCUAUUAAUGGCGAUAUUAUUAUUUGGAAGAGAUACAAAGUCGAUCGAAUUAUUUCAGCAGCCCAUCAUUCAACAAUCUAUUCAAUUGAUAUAACCCCGGAUGGAUUUUUAACCAGUAGUAAAGAUGGUUUUGUCAAAGAAUGGACACGAGAUUUUAUUCAUACGGGCCAAGCAAUUCGCAUUCCAUCUUUAGUUAGUGAUCCUGAAGAAACUAGUGUUUGUAGUGUGGCAUCGCGAAAUGGCUAUUGUGUCGCUGGCACUCGUGAUAGUGAAAUUUAUGGAUUUGAACUCAACUCACUGACAAAUCCUGAACUACUCGUUCAAGGUCAUCAUGAGACAACAUUAUCCGCAUUAGCUUGUCAUCCCCAUCAAAACAUAUUUGCUACAGGCGGUGACGAUUGUUCUCUUCGAUUUUGGAAUGCUGAUCGAAUGACAUUGAUAACAUUUUAUCCAACACCAUUUGCUCCACUUUCGCCACCACCGGCGAUUCGAUCGUUGAAUUUUUCAUCAGAUGGAAGUCAAAUUGCGGUUGGAUAUGAAAGUGGAUAUAUUGAAAUUUAUCCAACGACAUUGACACGGCAAGGCGACACUCGUGUUGCACCCGUAAAAACGAUUCAUGAUCGUACAGAUCGUAUUCAAGUAUUAUCCUAUUCUCCACAUGAUCAUUAUCUCGCGGUCGGUUGUUUUGAUGGUAGUUUUGACGUUUAUGACGUGAAAAACAAUUUCAAAAAUUUACGUUUCAAAAAUAAUACGAACACUUUAAGCGUAACAAAUAUCGAUUGGACAGAUGAUGAACAGUAUGUUCAAUACACUGGAGAGCAUCAAGAAGUUUUUGUUGCGAAAGUUCCUUCUGGCGAAUUGAUAACGAAUGAACAAGCUGUGGGUAUUCAUAAUUGGGCGACAUUCAAAAGUUUCAAACAUCGUGAAGUUCGUGGAAUCUGGAAUAAAUUCGCAGAAAAAACGGAUAUUGUUUCAAUCGACGGCAACAAUCACGCAGGUGUUAUUGCGGCAGGUGAUGAACUUGGCCUUGUCAAAUUAUUUCGAUUUCCAAGUGAGAAAUCUGGUGCACAUUUUCGCAAAUAUGUUGGUCAUUCAAGUCGCAUAGCUGCUGUUUCAUUUCUUUACGAUAUAAGUCGAUUGAUUACCAUUGGUAGUGAUGAUCGAACGAUUUUACAAUGGACAUUCCGAUCGGAAUCGGAUUCUAUGGCACUUGUCAGCGCACGACGAACAAGUGUUGCGCCGACGGCCAUGAAAACGGCAAUAGGAGUGGAUGAUAUGGAAACCAUCGAUGAAAUCGAUGGAACAAUUGAAAAUGCACAAUUACUAGAAAGUGCUCAACAUGCGAAUGCUUAUGUGGAUUCCGACUCCGAAGAUUCUGACUCGGAUUUGAGUGGAGGAGAAAUUGAUUCGGACAUUGAAAAAGAAAAACAAGUUGCAUAUGAACGAACUCUAUAUCGAGAAGAUUAUCAAAAAAUUAAAAAAACGUUGAAAGCGAAAUUACCACCUGGUGAGAAACGAAAAAAGCAACCGGAUGAAGGUUUAGCUUUGGAAUACGCCUUUGGGUACCGCGGCUUCGAUUGUCGUGACAAUGUUUUCUGUUUAAAAUCCAAUGAAAUCGUUUAUCAUGUUGCUGCACUUGGCAUUGUUUUGAAUACCGAACAAAAUCAACAGAGAUUUUACAAUUAUCACACUGAUGACAUUUUAUGCUUAGCUGUAUCGACAGAUAUGAGCUAUGUUGCAACUGGACAGAAUGGGCGUGAUCCACCAAUUCAUGUUUGGGAUCCGAUGAAAAUGGAAACGAUCUCAAUCUUGAAAGGCCAACAUUAUCGCGGUGUUUGCGCAAUUGGAUUUUCAAAGGACGGAAAACGUUUGGCAACUGUCGGUUUAGAUGAUUAUAAGACGAUCGUUAUUUGGGAAUGGAAAAAAGGAGAAAAAUUAGCUGCACAAAGAGGUCACAAUGAUAAAAUCUUUUGUCUACGUUGGAAUCCGCAUGCAGAAAAUCAGUUUGUAACUGUUGGAGUGAAACAUAUUAAAUUUUGGAAUCAUGCUGGUGGUGGUAUGACAUCCAAACAGGGAGUUUUCGGAAAGGCAAGCGGAAAACAAGGCAAGCAAAGUCAAAUGUGUGUUGUGUUUGGCAAAACUGCUGACAGUUGCAUAACUGGUGGUAGCGAUGGAUGUAUCUAUAUUUGGCAACUAACGACAUUGCUGAGAAAGAUUGAUAAUGCACAUCAAGGACCAAUAUUUGCUAUAGCAGCUGUGCAAGACAAAGGUUAUGUGACUGGAGGAAAGAAUGGCAAAGUCAUGCUGUGGGAUCCGGAGUUUAAAAAAUGUAUCAAAACAUAUGAAUUGACCAAUAGUAAACUGGCUCCAGAUUCGCUAGGUCGUCUGACAGAAGAAACAACAGCAGUACGUGCCGUUACUUUAACACGCCGGAUUGUGGUUGGUACACGUGGAGGAGAAAUAUGUGAAAUCGAAAAAGAUGGAACUAUUCGUGUGCCCGUUCAAGGACAUGCCGAAGGUGAAAUGUGGGGUUUAAGUUGUCAUCCAAAGAAGCUUGAAAUUUGUACUGUGAGUGAUGAUAAAACCGCGCGAAUUUGGUCGUUGACCGAACGACGAAUGCUUCGUUGUAAAACCUUCGAUAAAGUCUUGCGAACAUGUGAAUAUUCACGAAAAGGAGACACUAUUGCUGUCGGAACGAAAGAUGGAAAAUUUAUUGUUUUGAACGAAGCGGAUCUGAGUGAAGUGGUAACUGUUAAUCAUCGAAAUCAAGAAGUGUCGGACAUCAAAUUCUCUCCUAACGGCGGACUAAUCGCUGUAGGUACACACGACAAUUUUGUGGAUAUUUACAAUGCUGAAACACGAAAGCGUGUCGGUAUUUGUAAAGCCAACUCAUCCUACAUUACACAUGUCGAUUGGAGUGAAUCAGGAAAAUUACUCAUGUCAAAUUCCGGUGCUAAAGAACAAUUGUUCUAUGAGGCACCGCGUGGUACACGAGUGACAUCGAUCAAAACGACAGAUAUUGAAAACAUGGAUUGGGCUACGUGGACUGGAGUGUUAGGUCUUGUUUGUCAAGGCAUUUGGCCACCAGAAUCAGAUGUUACGGACGUCAACUCAACUGAUUUAACAAAAGACAAGCAGAUUUUGGCUACCGGCGAUGAUUAUGGUCUCGUCAAACUAUUCGAGUUCCCUGUUAAAGGCAAAUUCGCUAAAUAUAAACGAUAUACAGGUCAUAGCGCCCACGUGACUCGCGUUCGUUGGACAUAUGAUGAUAGUUAUUUAAUAUCCAUUGGUGGUCGAGAUAUAGCAACAUUAGUAUGGAAACAUGUACGCGAUCGAGAGAUCGAUAUCAAUACAACAACAUCAACAACAUUGUCGAAAAGAUCAGCGACUGGUGUUAAUGCGAGCUCUACUUCUCUGACUCGUCCUCUCCGGAAAGAACGAGGAGAAAGUGAUGAUUCGGAUAAUACUGAUUCGGAAGAAGAAGGAUAUGAUUCGGAUGUUCAACACGAUCGAAAUAUGGAUUACAAUGCCCGAAUUUUAAUUGAUCCGAUUCGAACUGGCAAGAAGGAUGUGCCUAGACCAACAACAACUGGAAAUCGUCGUCCAUUACAUUUGAAAGUGAAACCAUCGCAAAGAAAGAUUAAAGAAGAACUCGAACUGGUAAAAGUAGCAUUGAAAUCAGGACUUGGUUUAGGAUUAUUACAUUCUAUGCAAAAUCGUACAACAAGUGAUGACCCAGCCGAUCAAGAUGUCAAACCUCAUGGUCGUAUUGUUGAUCUUCAAUUGGAUCAUAUUCAUGGUUAUCGCGGCUUCGAUUGCCGUGAUAAUCUGUUCUAUUUAGCGGAUAAGGACUUGAUUGUUUAUCCGGCUGCAGGUGCUGGUGUUGUUCAUGAUAUUCGUCAAGGUACACAAAGAUUCUACUUGAAACAUACCGAUGAUAUCAUAUCCAUGGCUGUACACACGGGCGACAAGUAUAAAAACAUUGUAGCAACAGGUCAAAUUGGAGAAAAUCCAACUAUUCGUAUAUGGGAUCCACAAACGCAAAGAACUCUUUCAGUUCUAUCAGGAAAACAUAAACGGGGUGUUUGUUCACUGAGUUUUUCAACGAGUGGAAAAUUCUUGCUAUCUGUCGGUGUUGACACUCCGUAUACGAUCGCCGUGUGGCGAUGGGAAGAAGGUCUCAAUAUCGCGUGUUCAGUAGCGUCGGAUGAACGAAUAUUUCGUGCACUAUUUCGUCCCAAUUCGGACACACAAUUUGUAUCAGUUGGAGUUAAACAUUUGAAGUUUUGGUCACUGGCUGGUAACACGUUAGUAGAGAAAAAAGCAGUGAUCACCAAAACGGCUGAUGGACGACGAUCAACUAAAAUGCAAACAAUGCUUUCUGUAGCUUUCGGACCAGACGAACGAACUUAUACGGGUAGUAUGACUGGUAUGAUAUUCAUUUGGCGUUCGAAUACAAUGGAACGAUCGAUCAACGCUCAUUUCGGACCCAUUCUAACCAUGUACAGCUCGGAUAAUUGUUUAGUAACAGGUUCAAAAGAAAGACGAUCGCCUGGAUCAACACGAGUUCUCGAACCACUGAAAGUUUGGGAUUUUGAUGUCAAUAAUGGUCGAUCAAUCACAUUCGAUCACCCUACCACGGAUACCAUAUGUGUUCGAUCUGUUUGUCGAAACUCUGCAGGAAAAAUAUUAAUUGGCUUGAAAACAUCUGAUAUCAUCGAAAUCGAUGAGAAAGCAUCUGGAUCACCAUCACGACACAUUGUCUUUGGUCAUGGCGAAGGUGAACUAUGGGGCUUAGCACCACAUCCUACUGAAUCAAUCUUCGCCACCGGAAGUUACGAUCGAAAUCUUGUCGUUUGGAACACCACGACAAAAGGUUUGAUCGCUAAACGUGAUAUGGGAAGAGAAAUUCGUAGUGUUGCAUUCGACGGCGAGGGAACAUUAAUCGCAGUUGGUUGUCGAGAUGGACAAAUCAGUUUAGUUACAUAUUCACCUGAAGAGAAAAAACUCACUGAUGUCUAUAAAAGUCGAGAACGUAGUGCAGCGAUUAUUUGCAUAAAAUUUAGUCCAAAUCGAAAACUGUUAGUUACUUCAUCGGAAAACUCUUGUUUGGAUUUCUUUGAAGUUAAUCAAACAAAAUUAUCUCGCGUUGGUUAUGUUACACAUAUUGCAGAUCCUGUUUUACAUAUCGAUUGGUCAACUAAUUCGAAAUAUAUCCGAGCAACAACGACCGGAUUUCAUGCAAUUAUUUUUAAAGUACCUGAGGGAGAAGAAGUAAAGAAUGCCGAAGAAAUGGAAAAGAUUGUUUGGAAUACCUGGACAAGUACAUUCGGAGAUGAUGUUGUGGGCAUUUGGCCGAAGGAUGUGAAAAAAGAUCAUAUCAACUGUGCACAUGCGACUUCAUCGACGAUUGUUACGGGUGAUGAUCAAGGUGCGGUGAAAUUAUUCAAAUUUCCGUGUCCGGAGCCAGGAACGGAAGGAAAAGCGUUCUAUGGUCAUUCGGGAAAUGUGACAAACGUUCGAUUUCUUACAAAUGAAAGAUAUUUAGUUAGUUUAGGUGGUGACGAUUGUUGCAUCUUUUUAUGGAAAUGUAUUAUGGAAUCGGCGAGCGAUGAUGAAGACUAA